AUGUUAUGCAACAUCUUGUUCGACCAGGACUACAACCAGGUCGGCGUCGUGGACUGGGAAUGGAGCCGGCUUGUCCCAGCCCAGUUCAUGGCGCUCCCAACAUGGCUCCUUGCCUCGCAACUGGAGUGGGUAAUGCUUGGUCCAAUGAGUAAGGCCUACCUCACACAAGUCUCAUAUCUCCGAGCGGCGGUUCAAGAAUGCGAGAAGGCGCUCGGCGUGCCACCGCUGCUCUCGACCGAGUGGGCGCCUCAUGAGACGUGGUGCCACACCACCAUCGUCAUCGGACUGAACUACCCAGGGCACAUAUACCUCGUGUACUGGAACCUCAUAUUUCGAAAACUGGUUUCCAGAAUUUGCGGUGGUACUGACGAACAGCUCGAUCAACAAUACGAGAGUGAAAUUAGGAAGGUACGAGAACAACUGAAUUAUUUCGAGUCCGAGAAGGAACACUACGGCCACAAGACACCGCGAGGGAUCAUCGAGCGAGUUUACUGGUCUUAG